AAUUAGCUGGAACAGAUGAUUGAUGCCCUUCAAAACAAGAUAAAAAAAUGUCAAAGUUCAUGAAUUUAAGGGUUGUUAGGAGAGGAAGGAGACACGGGAACAGUUUUCUUCAAAGUCGGCUAUUAUAACCUUUUAUUUAUAGGUAGAACAAGGCACGUCCCUGAACUUCUAACUCUGCAUAAAUCCAAGGAGGAAUUCAAUGAUCUAACCAGAAGGCACUGUCCAUGAUUCGGGCAAAAGAUAUGAGGAUUGCCCAUCUUGUACUGCUUUUCUUUCAAUUUUAUGCUCAUAGUAGCAUAAGGAGAGUGGAAGGAUUGAAUGCUACUAAUGAUAGGGAAUCUCUUCUAUGGUUUAAGCUCAAGGUUUCAGACCCUCAAAAUGCUCUCUCAGGGUGGACACAAAAUACUUCUUACUGUAGUUGGUCUGGGGUCUCUUGCUCCAAAAACAACGAGAGAGUUCAAUCAGUCAACCUUGCAGGGCUUGGACUCUCAGGUAAAAUAGCUCCUCACCUCAGCAACCUCACUUUCCUCCAAUCACUUGACCUGUCAAACAACUCUUUUCAUGGCCAGAUACCAUUGGAAUUUGAUCGCCUUUCUCAGCUUCAAUAUCUUGUCCUUGCAAACAACUCCAUUGAUGGCCCAAUUCCAGUCUCUCUGUCUAGUUGUGAGAACCUCACAGAGAUCAAUUUAAGUUUGAACAAGCUCACUGGGAACCUUCCACCAGAACUGGGUCUUCUGCGAAAGCUCGAAAUUCUGGACUUUUCUGCCAAUAAUCUGACUGGUGUUAUCCCUCCAACAUUUGGGAAUCUCUCGUCUCUCACGGAUCUUUACCUCUCAAUAAAUCAAUUUCAUGGUGAAAUUCCAAGUGAGCUGGGACGUCUAGUUAACCUUCUCCAUCUUCAGCUCUCUCAGAAUCACUUUACCGGGGUGAUUCCGUCAUCCAUUUACAACAUUUCUUCCUUAGAGCUCUUGUCUAUAACAGUGAACAAUCUUUCAGGGAAGUUACCAACAGACAUAGGACUUAAACUUCCCAAUCUCAGGCAGCUCUUGAUGGCACGAAAUGGGUUUGAAGGAAUGAUACCCAGUUCCAUAUCCAAUGCUUCACAGCUUCAAGUUCUUGACCUCUCUGGAAAUGGCUUUGAAGGACCAAUUCCGCUAUUCACCCAUACAAAUAAGCUCACAAAGCUUAUUCUUGGUAUAAAUCGCCUCACCUCUGAUACGGCCCUCAAUAUUCAGCUCUUUGAAUCUCUCAGAAAUUGCACUCAUCUGGAGCUUCUUAUGAUCUUCUCGAACCAACUGGCAGGAGAGCUUCCAAACUCCAUCGGAAAUCUCUCAAGCAGUCUCCAACAAUUCUGUAUUUCAGACAAUUUGUUCACAGGUAGUUUCCCCCAAGAUAUUGGGGUGAAUCCCAACCUUAUAUCAUUAUCUAUAGAACAAAAUUCUUUUACAGGAAAGGUACCACAGUCCAUAGGAGCACUAAAAAAUCUAGAGCAACUUCUGAUGUACGAAAACAACUUCUCUGGAGAAAUUCCAGACAUCUUUGGCAACUUCACACGACUGUUUAACCUCUUUAUGGGAUACAACCAGUUCUCUGGCGGAGUACCAACGAGUAUUGGAGAAUGCCAUCAACUAAGCAUGCUGGACCUUGAAGCAAACAAUCUCAGAGGGAGUAUCCCCAAGAACAUAUUUGGGCUUUCUGGCUUAAACAACUUGUACAUGGGUCGAAAUGCAUUCGACGGUCUAGUUCCUGCUGAAGUUGGCAACUUGAAACAUCUCCAAUUUAUUGAUCUUUCUGGUAACCAGCUAUCAGGAAAUCUUACCACAGCAAUUGGUAGUUGUUCAAGUUUGCAGUGGCUUUACAUGCAAAGAAAUAAUUUCAGUGGCCCCGUACCAAGUUCAUUAGGAAACUUAGCAUCGCUGGAGGUAUUAGACCUUUCAUCAAACAAUCUCUCAGGUUCAAUACCUCAAGAGUUGGAAAACCUACAGCUUUUGCUGAGUUUAAAUCUCUCUUUCAAUCAUUUGGAAGGAGAAGUUCCAAGAAAAGGUGUGUUCAUGAAUGCUACAGCUACAUCUCUUCAAGGCAACAGAGGGCUCUGCAGCAGCAAACAAGAGAUUGCAUCAAAGACUGGACUGCCUCAGUGUAUGAUAAUGAGAAGGGAAAAACAUCUUCUCCUCAAGAUCUUUAUUCCUGUUGCUGGUGCCACUUUCUUGAUCAGCAUGAUGUUCUUUGUUUGGACAUUGAUUUCCAGAAGGAAGAGAAACAACAGGGGUAAAGGUGGUUCAUUGCAUUCUAUUUCAAAGGGAUUGCCUCCAAAGAUAUCUUACUCGGAUAUCCAGCUUGCCACAAACAAUUUUGCAGCAGAAAACCUGAUAGGGAAGGGAGGAUUUGGGUCUGUUUAUAAAGGAGGGUUCAGCACCCACAUAAACAGUGUCUAUGCAAUUGACAAUGUCCUGGCAGUGAAAGUGCUUGACUUGCAACAAAGCAAAGCUGCUAAGAGUUUUAAUGCAGAAUGCGAAGCUCUCCGAAAUGUUAGGCACAGGAACCUUGUGAAGGUGAUCACUUCAUGCUCUAGCAUUGAUCAUAAUGGAAAUGAAUUCAAGGCCUUGGUGAUGGAGUUCAUGUCCUGCGGGAACUUGGAUAGGUGGUUGUACUCAGAAGACGCAGAAUCUGGGCUAUGUCUGAGUUUGUUGCAACGACUGAAUAUUGCAAUAGAUGUAGCUUCUGCAAUGGAUUACUUGCAUCAUGACUGUGAUCCACCACUUGUCCACUGUGACAUUAAGCCUGCAAAUAUAGUUCUAGAUAGCAAUAUGGUUGCUCAUGUUGGAGAUUUUGGCUUGGUGAGGUUUCUUUCAGAAAAUCCAUCUGAAAAUGAGAGUAGUACAGUGGGACUCAAGGGCUCAAUCGGGUACAUUGCUCCAGAGUAUGGUCUGGGAGGCAAAGCUUCUACCAGUGGGGAUGUCUAUAGCUUUGGGAUCCUGCUGCUGGAGAUGAUUAUUGCAAAGAAACCAACUGACAAAAUGUUCAAGGAAGGUUUGAGCCUAAACAAAUUUGCAUCAGCAGUGAAUAAGAACCAAAAUUUGGAUAUCACUGAUCCUAGGCUGUUCAGGGAUAUCGAAAGUUCAAUGCAUAGCAUAAGCGCUAGUUACUCCAGCCAUAGCAAUGACUUCAGCAACAGCAACAAUAGUUGCCAGUACAAACAUGAAGAGUGCAUAGCUUCAGUAAUAAAAGUGGGAUUGUCAUGCACCACUCAUUCUGCGAAAGAUCGUUUAACUAUGAGAGAGAUCUUAAAUAAGCUGCAGGCGAUUAAAAGGUUUAUGCUGGAUAUUUGAGACAGUCCUACCGGUUGGCUCAUUCAAAACCAUCUGAAUACAUAGGCAAAAUAGUGGCAGAUUGGCUCAUGGAUAAAAUGUAUAGCUUUAGAGGAAUUCGGCAAUUCCAAAUUACAUGAGGUGAGAAGAGAAUCAAAACCACCUGUUUGAACCGUUGAUCUUGCUCGUCAAGCAAUGAAUUGAUUUAAGCUUAGAAGAAGCAGUAUUGUAAUGGAGUCUUGCCGAGGGCUCAAUAUGGGCACCCAUCACAGAAAAGCAUAGGCACUAUUUAUGUUUCCAUUGUUAUUUGUACGCUGAUCCUGCUAAUAGGACACAACCCUGGCACCAUUUACUCAAAAAACGAUAUGAAAACUAUUGAAAUUUUUUUUUU